CUACCUGCACCAAACGCAGGCCUAGUUUUUUCGUGGUCAGUACGCUUCGGAGUCUCGCUUCAAGCGCAGCCUGCCUUUUCCCCUGUUGAGAUUAAAUUCCCCUGGGCUUCGAUUGCUCAGCUCCCUCUGACAGAUCGCCGCCAUGUUUCUGACGAGGAGCGAGUACGAUCGCGGCGUGAGCACCUUCUCGCCCGAGGGACGGCUGUUCCAAGUGGAGUAUGCCAUCGAGGCCAUCAAGCUCGGGUCAACAGCGGUGGGCAUUCAGACCAAGGAGGGAGUGGUGCUGGCAGUGGAGAAGAGAAUAACCUCGCCGCUGCUGGAGCCUCGCAGUGUGGAGAAGAUAAUGGAGGUGGAUUCGCACAUAGGCGCUGCGAUGAGUGGGCUCACGGCCGAUGCCCGCACUCUCAUCCACCACGGCCGCAUUCAAACUCAGUCGCACCGCUUCUCGUACAACGAGCCCAUGCUGGUGGAGUCGUGCACCCAGUCGCUGUGCGACCUGGCACUCAAGUUCGGAGAGGGGGAUGACGACAGCAUGAGCCGUCCAUUCGGAGUGGCUCUGCUGAUUGCUGGAGUCGACAAGUACGGCCCGUGCCUAUACCACACGGACCCUUCAGGCACGUUUGUUCGCUAUGAUGCCAAGGCCAUUGGCGCUGGGACAGAGGGGGCUCAGGCCAACCUGCAGGACAGCUACAAUAAGGACAUGAGCUUGGAGGAGGCAGAGACACUUGCGCUGUCUACUCUGAAGCAAGUCAUGGAGGAGAAGGUGUCUCCGACUAAUGUAGACAUUGCCAAGGUUGCGCCAACCUACCAUUUGUACACCAAGGAGGAAGUGGAGCAAGUUAUUGCACGGACAACGUAAUUCGUGCACUGGACGAGUGUAUCUUAGUAUAGUGCGCGGAGUUCUGCAUGUGCAGUGAAGUGUGUGCGGGACAUAUUGCCUUGACAGGUGGUUUUGAGCAAUUUUGUAUACAAGAAUAGGUAUAAAAUCCUUCAGGCUUCUCAUUUGGUGAAUGGAUUGCUAUGUGAGCAGAUUAUGCUAACGACCAUGUAAGAUUGUUAUGUAGCAUUCAGCCCAUU